UCACCCUUGUCUAUAAAUACUGCCCCAACCCUAACCUUCUCCAGUUUCUCUGCCCCCUAGCCGCCGCCGCCGCCUCCUCUUCGGAUUGCCGCUGCUGGAGACCAGAGAGCGCGGUUCCCGAGCAAACCCUAGCCUCCCACGAUGGUGCUGCAGAACGACAUCGACCUGCUGAACCCGCCGGCGGAGCUCGAGAAGCUCAAGCACAAGAAGAAGCGCCUCGUCCAGUCCCCCAAUUCCUUCUUCAUGGACGUCAAGUGCCAGGGCUGCUUCAACAUCACUACUGUGUUCAGCCACUCACAGACUGUUGUGGUGUGCCCAGGCUGCCAAACAGUGCUCUGCCAGCCAACGGGUGGUAAGGCCAGGCUCACCGAGGGUUGCUCCUUCCGCCGCAAGGGCGACUAAACCGAAGGCUAUCUUAAAAAGCAAGCUGUUGUUGAACUCGUUAGUUUUUCAAGGGUGUUGGUCUGAAAAUUUUGCAAUGUCGGCAAAUUGAAUCCAUCUUUGGUAAUUUGGUAUCUAGCUCGAGCAAUAUUACUAUGACACUGUACUAUGUUCUGUUUGGCCUGUGAGAUCAGACUAGUAGUUCCUGCCAGGAAAUAUGGUUGUCUGGUGAAUUGUUGUUCCUUCUGAUGUUGCUUGCCCUCUAUGGUAUAUGACUUGAAUCGUUUGUUGCUUGUA